AUGAGUGAUGACUAGCCUGAAGCAAACAGGCUAUCAGUUAAAUAGUUGGCUGGAAGAUUUCAGUCGAUGAUGAAAGCUGCACCUGUUUAAUAACAACAACAACCUCCUCCUAGAAAAUCUGAAGUUAUUGCUAAAAAUCCAUAGCAGUAAAUGUAAAAUAAGGAAGAAACGAAUAAAGUUCUUAACAAACUUGAAUUUGCUGAAAAUGAGUAAGAUUCGAAUCCAAGACAAGGCGAAACUAUAGAAUAAUUGCAAAAAGCUAUAGAAAAUCUUCAGAGAGACUGUAACAAAAAGGAUUAGAAGAUUCAAGACUUACAAGAAAAUUUAGUUUUUAUGUCUGAAUAAAUGAAAUCGAGGGAAUCUAAGAUAAGAGAAGAAGUCUAAUAAGAAACAAAAGAAACAAGUGAGUUUGGAAAAGAGAGAGUAAAAUUAAUUGCAGAAUUGCACAAGUGUUAAGUAGAUCUAUAAGAAUCUUAAAAACAAAACGCUAACAAAUUCUCUCAAAUUUAAUAGUUGACAAACAAAGCAACUCAAAUACAAAAUUUAUCUAAAUUAGAGAUUGAUAAAUUAAAAUAAUAAAAUUAAGAAUUAGAGGAAAAACUAUUGUAAAGUUAAUAAAAAAUUGAUUAGUUAACUUAAAAAAUUGAAGAACUUAAAGAAUUAAAUAGUUAAUUGAAUCUGUAAAAUUAAGAAGUUGAAGAUGUCAAAUAGAAAUUAGAAAAAGAAUUUUAGUAAAGAUAUGAUGAGGUUGAAUUUGAAAUUAUCAAUAAUAGAUAGAUUAUUGAAGAUCUUUAAAAUUAAUUAAAGGAACUUAAAGCAUUAAAUUUACAAUUAGAAUCUGCUUCUAUUAAUGGAACAUUUGAUAUGAAAUAAUAAAUUAGUGAAUUAUAAGAUUAAACUAAUGAAUUGUAAAAUUAAAAUUAAGAAUUAUAAUAAAAGCUUCAUGCUAAAUAAGUUGAAUUUGAUUAAAUGAAUAAAGCUAAAUCAAGAGAAAUUGAAAAACUUAAACAAGAUAAAAUUGAAUUACAAUAAGAAUUAGAAUAAACAAAAUAAAUAUCAGAAUAAACCUAGGCUGAAACUGAAUCAAAUUAUAAAAAUCAAAUCUUGAUAUUAUAAGACAAAUUUUAGAAAAGUGAAGAAUAAGUAUCUAAAUUAAAUUUAAAGAUCUAAGAAUUAUCUUCUGAUCUCAUUUAAGAAAGAAUGCUUUACAAAAGUAAUGAGGCUUAAUUGAAUGGUGUCAUAACACAAUAAAAGGAUGAAUUAUCUUAAAAAUCAAGUCUUGUUUUAUAAUUGACUGAGAAGAUUAAGAUACUGCAAGAUCAUUCUGUGUAAUAGGAAACAAAUAUAUCAAAAAAUAUUGAUGACUAUAAAGUUUUACUUGACUAAAAUAAUUAAUAAAUUACACAAUUAUCUGAAUAAAUUAAGUCUUUAAAGAAAUAAUAGAGAUAAUAGGAAUAAGAAAAUAAAUAGGUGAUUUCUUAAUAUGAACAAUAAAUUAAAUAAUAUUUAGCUGAAAUUACAUAAACUAAAAUCCAGAAAAAUGAAGCAGACAACUAAAAAUAAAAUAGUGAGAGUUCAUUAAAUUAGAUUAUUGAGAAAUAAAAGGUCUAAUUAUAAUAAGCUAAUGCAAUUAUUUAAGAUUUGAAUAAUUAGAUUGAAUAAUUCUAAUAAAAUAUUUAAGAUUAGGAAGAGUAGAGAAUGAGUGUUAUGUCAGUGAAACAGUCUUUACUUAUUGAGAAAGAAAGUCAUAUCAAUACACUUGAAUAACAAGUUAUUAAAUAUUAAAAUGAAUUAACACAAAAAUAGGAUUAAAUUGUAUUAUUGCAAUAAUAAUGUGAAAAAUAAAAAUCUGAAUUUAAUUAAGCAAUAGCUGAAAAAGAAAAAAAUACAAAGUUAACUAAUUAAUAAUGUUAAGAGUUCUAAAAUAAAAUUUCUGAUUUGACUAAUGAGAUUAAUUAAUUAAAUUCAUUAGUUGAUAAGGCAGAGGUGGACAAAGAAUAAAAUAUCCAAUAAUAUAAUGAGGCAAAUCAAUAAUUAAAAGAUUAAUUAAAUUCAUAAAAUAGUUUGAUUUAAGAAUUGUAAGAGUAUUUAAAGGAAAGUAAUUCAAAAGAAUAAUUAGCUAUAUAGAAAUCAACUUAAUAAAGUUUGGAGAUUAAUUAAUUGUAAUUGGAAAUUGGAAAAUUGAAAAAUGAUUUAUCAUAAUAAGAAUAAAAACAAUCUUAAACAAAUUUAGAGAAUUCAUAUAAGUUGAAAGAAUAAUAGACAUAAAAUGAAAAUUUGAAGAAUGAAUAUAAGUAAAUAUAAUUAUUAUAAGAAAAACUUAAAUAAGAAAAUUUUUAGUUGAAUGAAGAAGUAAAUGAUUUGUAAAUUAAACUACAAGAAAGUCAAGAAAAUCUAAAAUAGAUUAAUUAAUUAAAUGAGAGUUAAAAAGAGUAACUUUAAAAGUUGAAUGAUUAAUUAUANUUUGAUUAAAUGAAUAAAGCUAAAUCAAGAGAAAUUGAAAAACUUAAACAAGAUAAAAUUGAAUUACAAUAAGAAUUAGAAUAAACAAAAUAAAUAUCAGAAUAAACCUAGGCUGAAACUGAAUCAAAUUAUAAAAAUCAAAUCUUGAUAUUAUAAGACAAAUUUUAGAAAAGUGAAGAAUAAGUAUCUAAAUUAAAUUUAAAGAUCUAAGAAUUAUCUUCUGAUCUCAUUUAAGAAAGAAUGCUUUACAAAAGUAAUGAGGCUUAAUUGAAUGGUGUCAUAACACAAUAAAAGGAUGAAUUAUCUUAAAAAUCAAGUCUUGUUUUAUAAUUGACUGAGAAGAUUAAGAUACUGCAAGAUCAUUCUGUGUAAUAGGAAACAAAUAUAUCAAAAAAUAUUGAUGACUAUAAAGUUUUACUUGACUAAAAUAAUUAAUAAAUUACACAAUUAUCUGAAUAAAUUAAGUCUUUAAAGAAAUAAUAGAGAUAAUAGGAAUAAGAAAAUAAAUAGGUGAUUUCUUAAUAUGAACAAUAAAUUAAAUAAUAUUUAGCUGAAAUUACAUAAACUAAAAUCCAGAAAAAUGAAGCAGACAACUAAAAAUAAAAUAGUGAGAGUUCAUUAAAUUAGAUUAUUGAGAAAUAAAAGGUCUAAUUAUAAUAAGCUAAUGCAAUUAUUUAAGAUUUGAAUAAUUAGAUUGAAUAAUUCUAAUAAAAUAUUUAAGAUUAGGAAGAGUAGAGAAUGAGUGUUAUGUCAGUGAAACAGUCUUUACUUAUUGAGAAAGAAAGUCAUAUCAAUACACUUGAAUAACAAGUUAUUAAAUAUUAAAAUGAAUUAACACAAAAAUAGGAUUAAAUUGUAUUAUUGCAAUAAUAAUGUGAAAAAUAAAAAUCUGAAUUUAAUUAAGCAAUAGCUGAAAAAGAAAAAAAUACAAAGUUAACUAAUUAAUAAUGUUAAGAGUUCUAAAAUAAAAUUUCUGAUUUGACUAAUGAGAUUAAUUAAUUAAAUUCAUUAGUUGAUAAGGCAGAGGUGGACAAAGAAUAAAAUAUCCAAUAAUAUAAUGAGGCAAAUCAAUAAUUAAAAGAUUAAUUAAAUUCAUAAAAUAGUUUGAUUUAAGAAUUGUAAGAGUAUUUAAAGGAAAGUAAUUCAAAAGAAUAAUUAGCUAUAUAGAAAUCAACUUAAUAAAGUUUGGAGAUUAAUUAAUUGUAAUUGGAAAUUGGAAAAUUGAAAAAUGAUUUAUCAUAAUAAGAAUAAAAACAAUCUUAAACAAAUUUAGAGAAUUCAUAUAAGUUGAAAGAAUAAUAGACAUAAAAUGAAAAUUUGAAGAAUGAAUAUAAGUAAAUAUAAUUAUUAUAAGAAAAACUUAAAUAAGAAAAUUUUUAGUUGAAUGAAGAAGUAAAUGAUUUGUAAAUUAAACUACAAGAAAGUCAAGAAAAUCUAAAAUAGAUUAAUUAAUUAAAUGAGAGUUAAAAAGAGUAACUUUAAAAGUUGAAUGAUUAAUUAUAUUAAGAAUAGUAGAAAGAAUCUGUAAAUUAAACAGAGAAAUUUUAUUUAUAAUAAUUAAUUUAAUAGCAUAAAGAUUAAGUUAACGAAGUACAUGAAAAGAACAAAUUAAUAACUAGUAUUAGUGAAUCAAAAGAUAAGUAAAUUGAAGCUUUGAAGAAAUAAGGAGAGGAUGCUUUAAAAAAUUAUGAAUAAAAAAAAUAAACUUAAUAUGAAGAGAUGUUGUAAUUAAAAUAAAAAUAUGAAUAAUAAAUACAUAUACUAGAAGAUGAAAAGAAAAGUUUAAUUGCUGAAUAUUCUAAUAGGAUUGCAAAUUUAGAAGAAAUUAAUAAUGAUUAUUAGAAGAAUUCAUCUAUUGAAUAGAGUUAAUUUAAUUAAGAGAAAUUGAAUUUAAAAUAAUAACUAUUAGAUUAAUAAGUAAAAAUAGAAAAAUAAUUAAAAGAAAUUGAAUAAUUGUAAAUUUAAUUGGAAUAAAAAACAUAAGAAAUUAUUUAGAUUAAUUUAAAAAAUGAAUAUGAAGUAUUACAAUUAUCAGAAGAGUUAGUUUAAUUAAAAUAAUUAAAUACAAAGUAGGUAGAAGAGAUUAAUGAAAGAGAUUUAAUGGUUACUUUACAUUAGACUUAAAUUAAUUUAUAAGAUGAUCAAUAUAGAUUAGAAAUUUCUAAUUUAAAUGUUAAGAUUGAAAAUAUAAUAAGAGAUAAUCAAGUUUAAAUUGAAGAGAUAAAUGUUAAUCAUUAAAAAUAAUUGUUGUAAAAAUAAAAUGAAAUUUAAGAUAAAGAACAUUAAAUUAAGAAACUAGAUUAAUAACUUUUUGAUUAUUAAGCUCAAAUGGAAUAAAGAUUGGAAUAUAUAUAAGAGAAAGAAAAAGAAUUAGAGAAAUUAAAUUAAAAUAAUGAAGCUUUUUAGAAUGAUAUAUAAUAAAAAGAAUAAGAAAUUAUUUAAUUGAAAAAUCAUAGUCAAAAUUUAAGUAUUGAACUUGAAAAAUUCAAAUCAUAUUCAUAAUUGGAAUAAGAAAAAUAAUAAUAAGUGAUCUUAGAAUUAACAGAAAACCUAAAAUAAUCAGAAUAAUUGUUCAAAUAAUAAAAUAAAUCAUUGGAAGAUUAGAUAAAGAAUCUAGAAUAAUAAAUAUCAAAUUUAAAUUAAAAGAUUGUAUAAUUAUAAGAUAAUUUGAAUUAAUUGAAUUAAAAGUAUUAAGAAUUAAAAAAUGAAAAAUAAUUGAAAGAAAGUGAAUAUGAAAAAUAAGUAUAAGAAUUAUAACAUUAGAAUGAUAUAUAAAAUGAAGCAAUUGAUUCUUAAAUAUAAACAAAUGUUGAAUAAUCAGAAUUGAUUUCAAAAUUAGAAUAGAAUAAGUAAUAAUUAUUAGAAGAACUUUAAUAUUUAAUUGAAGAAAAGAAAUAAGUAGAAUUAACAUAUAAAUAAACUAUUGAAGAUUUAAAGAUAGUUCAAGAAUAAAGAAUAGCAGAAAUAAAUAAAAAAAAUUAAGAUUUGAUACAACUUAAGAAUAUGAUGUUGAUAUAAAAGGAUGAAUAAAUGGAUGAAUUAAAUUUAUAGAUUUAGUAAUAAUAAGAAGAAAAUAUUAAAUAAUUAAAUUUGAAUGAUUCCUUACAAAUUCAUGUUAGAGAAUUAAAGAAUACAUAUGAUGAAUAUAGAGAAACGAAGUUUUAAGAAGAGAAACGAUUAAAUUAAGAAUUAGAUUUAGCAGAAUAAAAAAUAAAUGAAUUAUAAGAACAAGUUGAUUAACAUAUUGAAACCAUCCAAAAUUUAUAGAGUGAUAUCUAAAGAAAAGAAUUAGAAUAUUUAUAAUUAUAAUCAUAAUUAUAGACUAAAAUCUAAUAACACACUCUAGAACUUUCUGAUAUUGGUGGAAAGAUGAAUGAAGAAUAAUUGAAGCAUCAAAUUGAAACUAAUUAAAAAUAGUAGGAGAUUAGUGAUUUAAAUUCAUAAAUUAAAGAAGGGAAGGAUAAAAUUGAAGAAUUGUCAAACAUUAUUAUAGAUAAAGAAGCUAUGAUUAAGUCUUUAGAAGAGACUAUUGAGGGAAAUAAUAAUUAGAUGCAAUAGCAAAUUAUUAAAAUUUAAGAACAAUAGAAAUUUAUUGAAGGAAUCACUUUAGAAAAUUAAAAUAAGCAAAAGUAAUUAGAACAAUCAGCUAAAAGUAUCAAAGAUACUUAAUUAGAAUUAGAAGAGUUGACUACUUAAUUAACAGAUUAAAUUGAAAAGUUUAAUCAAACUGAGGGAUCGUAUUUAAAAUUACAGUAAUAAAAUAAAUCUUUGGAGGAACUCUAUAAUAAUACAUUAAAAUUAUUAGAAACAAAGGAAGAAGAUUUGACAACAACAGUAAUAUAGAAAAAUGAAGAAAUUGCAAGUAUUUAGUUAUAAUUGGAAAAAUUAAAAUAAGAAUCUGAGAAAGAAUAUAAGCAAUUAGAGGAUUAUUCAUAUGAAUAAUUAUUAAAGAAAAUGGACGAUAUUGCUUAGAAGGAUUGGGAGAUUGAUCAAUUAAAUCAAGAGGUUUAAGAUUUAAAAAUGAAAUUAUAAGUAGGUAUGGAAUGUAUUGAGUAGUAUGAUAAAGAAUUAGAUUAAUAAACAAUUGAAAUAGAUGAAUUAAAAUCUAAAAUAAAAUAGAAGGAUAAAGAAAUUAAAGAAUGUAAUGAGAUAAUUGAAAAACAGAAAUUAGAGAUUGAGGCUGUUAAUAAAUAAAUGAAUGAAGAACUUUAAUUAGUAUCUUAAACACUUUAAGAAAAUCAAUAAAAUUAUGAUUUAGAACUAUAAGCUAAAUUAGCCAUUUUAAAUAAGAAAGAAGCUUAGAUAUUGAAUUUAGAUUUUUAGAUUGCAGAAUUUUAAUAAAAUUUAAAUUAAUAGAAAGAUUAAAUUGAUUAAUUGAUUUAAGAGAGAAAUGUAUUAAUUGAAAGAUAAAAAAUGAUAGAAGAUGAAAAAAGUGAAAGUGAUAAAGAAUUUAAAUAGUAAAUUUAGACUUUGAAGGAAAGUUAAUCUGAAUUAGAAGAUAAUUAUAAUGAAUUGAAAUUGUAAUACGAAGAAGUAUAAAAUUAAUUAAUUUCUUAAAAAGAAUUAUAUAAUAAUUUAUAAUAAAAAUAUGAAGAGGAUUAAGAGUCUUGUUAAUAAUUUAUUUAAGAUUUAUAGAGUUAAAAAGAUAAAUAAAAUAUAGAAUUUUAGAAAUACAUAAAAGAAUCAGAAUUUAAUAUACAAAAAUCGAAUAAUAAGAUAAAUUAAAUAGAAGAAAAAUUAACAUAAUAAUAAAAUUUGAUAGAAACUUUAUAAAGUAAUCUUGAAGAUAAAAAUUCAUAAUAUGAAGAAUAAGCAUAGAAGUUAUUUGAGAAAUAAAAUGAAUUGAAUUAGAUUAUUUUAGAUAAGUAGACUAAUGAGAAAAAACUUAAUUAAUAAAUUUAAGAUUGCAAUAAUAAAAUUGCAUCAUAUAAUUUAGAAGUGGCAUAAUUAUCUUAAGUAAUAACUCUAAAAGAAUCAGAAAAAUCUUAAUUAUCAAAAUAAUUUGAGCAAACUUCAGAUCAAUUAAAAUAAUAAUUAUUUAAAUAAACAUAAAUAAUUCAAGAACUUUAAGAUUAUAUUAAUGAAAGUUAAGAAAAUGAAUAAAUUGCUGGAUAAAAAAUUAAUACUCUUAAUUUAUAAAUUAGUACAUUUGAAUUUGAAAUAUCAAAUCUUAAUUGUGAAAUACUCAAAUUAUAAAAUACAAUAAAAUAAUAGAAGGAAGAAAAAUUAAGAUUAGAAGAGGAUCAUCAAUAAGAUAUUAUUUAGAUAUAAUAAUAAUUAUAGGCUGCUAUAAGUGCUAAUUAAUUAUUGAAGAAUGAAGCUUAAAAGAAAUAAAUUAAUCUAUUUGAAAAUGAAUAAAAUUUAAAUAGUAAAAUAGAACAAUAAGUUUAUGAAAUUAAGAUUUUAAAGGAAGAAAUUUAGAGGUUGUAAUUAGAAAUGUAAAGGUAAAUUAAAGAAAGUGAUUCUAAUAUAAAUAAUAAAAAUGAAAUGAUUGAUUUAUUGAAAAAGCAAUUAAUUGAUAUUUAGAAUAGUGCUGCUAAUGCUGAAGAAAUGAAGGAACUCAUUUAAAGACAAUUACAAGAUUAAAGUUAAUCUCAAGCUCAAUAAUUAAAUUAACAAAUAAAAACAAGAGAUGAUCAAAUUGGAAAUCUUAAAUAAUAAAUAUAAUCAUUAUCUUAAAGUAAAUAACAAUAAGAAUAAUUAUUAACUGAAUAAAUUAGUGUAUUAAAUUAAUAAAUAAGAUCAAAAAAUGAAUCGAUGAAUUAAUUAGAUGAAUCUAUUAAAUAUUUUAAGAGUUAAAUUGAUUAAUCAAAUCAAACAACUACUUAAUUAUAAUAAGAAAUAUAAAGUUUAAAUAGUAAACUUCAAAGUUCUAAGAAUGAAAAUAAUUAAAUUAAUUAAGAGAAUAAAGAAUUAUAAAAUAAGAUUGAGAUACUAUAAUAAAUAUAAAAUACUACAAAAUAAGAAUUAGAAAAAUUAAAGUAAUAAAUUUUAAAAUUAGAGGAAGAAAAAUAAAGGUAAAAUGAUUAAAUUAAACAAAUGAGUUCUUAAAUUAAUGAUCAAAAUUCUUAAAAUUUACAAAUAACUUAAAAAUUAUUGUCUGAAAAAGAGGAAAAAGAAUUAAUAGAUUUAUAAUAGAAAAAUAUUUAAGAAUAAUUAUAACAAUAUAGAGAAUAAUCAGAAAAAUAAAUUAAUUAAUUAACCAAUAAUGUUACUUAAUUAGAAUAGAGUUUGUUGUAGACUCAAAAUAAUUUGUUAUUAAUAACCAAAUAAAAAUAAGAAUUAGAUGAAAAAUUAAAUAAAUUAAGUUAAUAAUUACAAAAUGUUAAUUCUUAAUUAUCAGAUUCUAGAGAAUAAUAUGAAAGUGAGAUUUAGUAAUAAUUAUAAUAAAUAACUAAUCUUAGUUAAGAAAAUUCAGAAUUACAAUAGACUUUAAAUGAGAAAUUAGAAGAGUUAAGUAAACUAUAAAUUGAGAACACUAAAUUAUAAUAAAAUUAAAAAAAGGUUGAUAAAUUAGAAAGUUAAGUUUCAGAAUUGAGUGCUUUAAAAGAAUAAAAUGGAAAAUUAUUAGAAUAAUAAGAAAUUAAAUUGAAAUCCUAAUAAUAAGAAUUAGAAUAAUUAAGAGAGAAUUAUAAUUUAUAAAAGAAUUAAUUAAAUUCAUUGAACCAAUAAAUUGCAUAAUGUGAGUUGGAUAAGGAUAAAUUAAAUAAAGAGAUUAAGCAAUUAUCAAGUUAGAAUUAAAAUUAUUUGAAUUAAGUUUAAAAGUAUUAAGAUUAUAUUAAUUAAUAAUAAUAAGAACUUGAGAAAAAUACAAUAUAAAAUAGAAGCAUAGUGAUAAAUGAUGCAUAAGGAUAAUAAUUAGAGGCAGAAUUAAAGAUCUUAUAAGUUAAAGUAUGAAUUCUAUUAAAUUUAUAGUUGGUGCAGCAAUUAAAUUAUUAUAAAUAGUUAAUUCAUGAUAAAAAGAAUUAAGAGAUAAAGGCUAAGAUUAAUGAGGAUUUGGAUUAAAUAAAGAAAGAUUAUGUAAUGGCCUUAGAGAAGAUAGGAAUAUUGAUAAGAAGUAUAGAUGAUUUAGAAAAAGUAAGUGGACCUAAAAAUUAGUAUAUUAAUAAUUAUUAUUAUUUAUAGAAACGAAUUAAAUAAAUCAAUAGCAGGACUAAAAGAUUUUAUUUCAAAGUUUGCAAGCACAAUUCUGAAAGAUAUUAAAUGA